CCUCGCGAUCCAUCUGUUAAAUUCAAGUUUGAAUCAGAAUCUCAGCCUGAAUUGAUCAAAGCUCGUCCAAUCCCCUGUGCACUUGCAGCGGAGGUCAAUGAAGGAUUCGAUCGUCUAGACAGAGCCGACAUAAUUGAGCCUACACAGUAUUCAGAAUGGGCAGUCCCAAUUAUUCCUGUUCUUCAAGCCGAUGGUUCCGUGGGUAUUUCUGGUGACUACAAGCUCGCUACCAACGCAGAAACUAAACUAAACUAUUAUUCACUCCCGCGGAGCGAGGACAGGUAUGAAUCCCUUUCAGAUGGUCAGCGAUUUACAACUUUGGACUUAAAAAAUGCCUACAACCAAGUCAUCCUUAUUAAAGAAUCCCGAGACGCCACCACCAUCAAUACAUACUGGGGGUUGGUUCAAUACAAAAAACUACCCUUUGGGAAUUAUUGCUGGAACUGCUCGGACGUCGAGCAACGUGCCUUGGAACAUGCAAAGGUGGCCCCUACCUCAUCCUCUCCCCGGAUUCCUCACGACCCGUAA